CAAAUAGCCCAAUCAAGCAGGGACACGUGGACACCUACCGCCAGAGACAAUAGUCGGCGACGCCACAAGUGCCGCCCACCGCCUGGGGGGCAUGGUACACCCACGAGGAAGAAAAAACAACACGACUAAAAGAGUAGCUAGAGGUCGCGCGCACAACAGGGGGGCACGACACACCAACUUCGACCGAGCGCGCGAGGAGGAAAAAAUCAACUCGACUUACGAGCGUAGCUAAAGGUUGCGCGCACACAGGGGGGCAUGACACACCAACUUCGACCAAGCGCACGAAAAUCAAAUGAACAGCGCCCGCGAUGCACAGGAUGUGCGCGCGAGGACCAGAAAGGCCUUGACUUUCCCAGACUGCGCCCACCCCAAUCAGCAGCGCGGAAAAAGAUGGAAUAGCCCAGAUCCGAGUCGACUACACGAAGACCAAACAGAGGGCAUUCGCGGAAUACCCACUGAUGGGGGGCAAUUGUUGGGCAUGUGACUCGGAUCUCUCCCCGCUAAAGAAACGCCCAAGGCAAGGAGCGCGAGCACACCAAGGCAAGGUGCGCGAGUACAUCGGAGUCGAGCGAGUGAGUCACACCGGAGCCGAGCGCGCAAGUCUUGCCGGCACCACUAAACGACGGCGCGUCACAGCGCGUUACCCAGGCGGGGUCCCUUAUCGAGAAGUCGCAGAAGCGGCGCCGCAUCACCCAAAGAGGAGUCACUAUCAUAGUCCUAGGUAUAGUCCUGCCUAUGUCAGAAGUAGUCACAUCAGGGUCCUAAAAGUAUGGCUUAGACCUCUGGCAUGUCAGGGGUCACAUCAGUAUACCCACUUGUAACCCAACCACUCACCCACCACCAUGUAGCCUAUAAAUAUGGCAUUUACUCCGGUGGGUGAGGGGAUCGGAUUUUUCGGACUCUAUCUCUAAGAUCAUCACUUUCUCUCACUAAAGACACUCUCUCUCAAUUCUAUCUUCCCUCUCAUUUGUCUCAAAGUUCUUGUUCAACCAAGCCGUUCAUUCUUCUCGACCCAUUCUAGUGAACCUCACUCCUACACUCAGUUAGGUUCAAACAGGUUCCUUCCCAAAACGCCUCGUACUGAUGUGUUUGGUGGACACUAAUAUACAAAGGUUUAUUCCCUUGUAUUAUCGAUGUGGUACUUGGAUUGUUGCAUAACAAUCCUCCCUUCUCGACAAGGACCACGAACUUUGUGUUCUCUUCUCAGCGAUUGUCUUGAUCCGUUAGACACCUUGUAUCGAUGGGCUUCUCGAUACAAAGAUUUUUCCCAAACGCGGAACUCUCUUUGAUGGAACGAGGGGUGUCAUUUUAUAUGAUGUAAAAUUCAAAUAAAUAUUUGAAUGAAAUAUUUUUUAAUAUCAAAUUAAUUCGUUUGUAGAAAAGAAAAUAGUCGGUUAAUAUAAGUUUUAGUUUUCUGCAGCUACAAUGUUCAUUUAAACCUGAAAAUAAUGAUAAAAUACAUCCAUUUUCUUUACUCUUAGAUGUCUUUCGAUUUAAUCCAUUAAGUCUCUUUGAUUGUUUGUAAAAAAAAUCGUACGAACGUGAAAAUCUAGGGAUGGGAUUAGGUGCUAACUCUUAUAGGGGUUAGCACCGUGAUAACUAGCAAAAAUCACUACAGAUUAUUAUAAAAUCAAUACAACAUCUAAGCUAAAUCACUACUAAUUCAAACUAGUAGUAGUUUUUCCCUUGGUUAGGACGGUGCUAACUAUUGUACAAUUAGCACCGUAGUCGUUCCCGAAAAUCUAGUAUUUUGAGCCCUAUAUUACAAGUUACAACUGCUCCGUGUUAAUAAAAAAAAAAGGUAAAAUACAAUAUAUUAGCCACAACUAUUAUGAAGCGGGGAAUGAUAGCCACAACUAUUGAAAUUUAAAUUAUUAACCAAACGUUAACUAUCUGUUAACAAUUUCGUUAGUAAUACUGACUAAACUUUUAUGUUUUCAAGUUAUAAACUAAAAGCAUUCCUACGUGGCCGUUGUCGUGCCCGAUGACGUGGCCUUCUCCGUCAAAAAUUCAAUAACAGUAACAGACAGUUAGCCAUAUCUUGACCUGCAAUAAUAGUUAUGGCUAAUAAUUUGAAUUUUCAUAGUUGUGGCUAUAAUUCCCCGCUUCAUAAUAGUUGUGGCUAAUAUAUUGUAUUAACAAAAAAAAAUUCCUUCAAUUUCUAACGGUGCCCGUGACAAUAUGAAAAGGAGGUUGGCUUGGCCUAUGAUCGAACGUUUGCAAUUUGCAUAACACAUUACGCAUAACGUUCCUGAAAAUUAUUCAUUUCCUCAUGUGAGGUUUUGCUGAUUAGAUUAAGUCUUUAAGAGUCCUAAUAACUCUAGUAAACAAGGACUUCUACUAUACUUUAAAGCAUUGAUGUUUUGAAGUAUAAUUUGAAGUUGUAUCAUAAUAUUAAAAGUACAAAUUGAAGUUGUAUGAUAAGUAAAUUUUAAGUUUGAUGUUAUGAUACAACAUUUAUUUAUAUCAUAAAUGGAUUUAGACAAAAAAAAUUUGGAUACAACAUGUGGUUGUACCAUAACAUUAAAAUUACAAUUUCAAAUUAUUGUUAUACUAUAAAAAAAACAAAUUAUUAUACUAUAAAAACAAAAACAAAAAAUACCAAUAUUUUAUAGCAUUCUAAAAUUCCUCUUAAACAGUACACUAACAAAGAAACAAUUAACAAACCCACCUUGUCGUGUCCAGUCUAACGAUCGUUGACGGGCUUAGAUUUUCAUUUUCGGAAGCAAAUAAUGGGCCUCGCACUUU